CACAAACCCGCCCCCACCCCAACCCUGUUUCUCCCCACUCAUGAUCACUGUGAGCUCUGGAGAGCGAGGAGGCUUGACAUGUUUACUCCACCGGCUCUGGUGUGACACUCGGACCGCUGCUUUGUCCCCGGAUACAGCGGUCGGACCCUCCACUCUCUCCUCCUGCGGUUGUCUCUAACGGCUCGCCAACAUGUCAGUCCGUCGCCGCGGUGUGUAAGUAUCGGGGGGUUGUAGCGGCUGAAACAAAAGCAUCACCUGCAUUAGCUAACUGGGAGUACGGUGCUUUUCUCUUUAUGUAAGAAAUGAAUUUAAAUAACCCUCUGAGUGUUUUAUGUUAAUGUCUUCUUAUCAUCACUUGAUUGUUGUCCGCUGGUGCUGGAUAGUUGUCGAUGAAUGACGAACGGUAGUGGACCGUUAAUACUUUACCGUUAUUUACGUGACGUCUCAAGAUGGAAGGCUGGUGUGAGUGCGUGCUGAACGUAAAGCCUGUUUAUAGUCACGGGGGUCGUCUUAUCUAAAAGUGACAGAACGGUGCAGAGACGUGCAAAUGUGGGUUAAUGUAGAGGAAACACAGUAAACAAACGAGCCUUCAUUUGGUUAUUUAUUACAAUGAUUUGAGCUUAAUCAUUGCGCUGUCAUGUUGGAAUCUGUCUAUUAAUUGAAUACUUCAAUGCAGCUCGGGGAAUAAGAUUACUUGAUUGACUGAGGCUAUUUCUAUCUGACAAUAACAUAUACAUUUUUAGUUGUUAUUCAGAUAACCCAAACCGGUGGGAAAGCCUUGCUUAAUUUUGUCAGACCAUGUUAAAACCAACUUGACAUGACUUUACAGGGGAGCAAGUAGGGGAGAGUGGGGUAAGUUGAGCCACCCCCUGUUGCUUGGAAAUAGUAAAAGAAAUCGAUCAUGUGACCAAAUAUUUAGGAGAUGGGCAUCAUUUCAUGGAGUCUGUGAAGGUUAGAAGCACAUAGGUGAAGGGGUUAGACAUUUAUUUACAAAAAAAUACAUUUUUAACUCUUGAAAGUGAAUUUAGUCUGUCAUAAGUUUGAUUAGAAUUGUGUUCAGACCAAAAAAGAUCAUUUUGAAUUAGCUUUAUACAUCAAUUGUGGUAUCUAUGAGUUACAACACAAGGUCAAAAACUUAGCAUUAAAGUCCACCAUUUUAGCCUAGAGUUGAGCCAUUCUGAUGAGAGGCUCAGAGUUUCAGUUCAGAUUGUUAAAAUGUGUUACUUUUUCUUUUAAAAAAAAUACAGCUGUGAAUGUUCUGAAUCACUUAAAGACAUUCUCAUGUUAGAGUGGCUUUUUACAACACAGCUUCUUAACAGUGUGCAUGCAAUGAGUGACCACAUGUCAAUACAUGCAAUAAUAUUAAAAAGAAUUAUUGUACCAGUUGAAUAGCAUAUAAUAGAUAAAAAUACACAUGAAUGUGAAGAAGUGACUGUGAAGGGCUGGGGUGGAGAGUGGGGGGUAGUAGGGAUACGACUCAACUUACCCCGCUCCUAUGGGGCAACCUUUUUUGGCAUGCUAUAUUAUCAAGACAGUUAUGUUUACACUCAUUCUGUUUGUUUGCAGCGAUGCACAACAUCUUGAAAUAUAUGCAGAUACACUAGUUAGAGACAAAACUAUGAUUGUCUUGAUGUAGUGAUCUGAAAUAUGAAAAAUGGCUCAUCUUACCCCACUCUCCCCUAUAAGAUGAUUUAAGAAUGAGAUUAAGACUGAAGCUGCUUGACUGCUGUCUUACCUUUAGACAUGACUUUACAGGGGAGAAAGUUUCAUGUCAGGAAGAAGACAAAAAAGUUAGCUGCCCCAACAGAUGUUUGAGACCACAUUUAUUUCUGAUUACCUACAAGCUUACUAUUUUUUUUAAAUAACAAUGAAUAACAGAAGUGUGAUUUCUUCCUUGAAUAGCGAUGCUCAUUCUGCAGCAUCAUGUGCUGAGGAGGAAGUGAUGCCUUCAUCCCUGUGGUGACCACACAGAGAGAAACAGGGCCUGAUCAUGGGAGACAGAAGGAGGUCACCAUGUGCCGAAAUCUCUCCAAUUAUGCCCUUAUCUUCCUCUUCCUAGCUCUGUCUGGACUCAUCUUCCUGUUGCGCAACAUCCACACUGUGGAGGUGAGAGAAAAACUUGGUUAUUGGUUUCCUUGGUUCCAUUAAAAGGGAAAUGAAUGUAUUGACCAUAGAUUAUAUUGUGGCUUGUGAGGACACUUACAGUAAAGAGCUUCUCUGUGCAAAGUUAGAGUGGUUUGUCUCUCAGUGCAUCACUGUUGUCAUGGAUCCAGGCCUGCAGCAGCCAUGGCAGGAGGCGAUAUGUUUACUGUUUCAUGUCAAUCUGUUCUCCCAGUCUCAUGAAUGCUGUAUUUCUCCCUUUACUGAAGAACUUGCUUCUUUAUUUCGACCAAAUCUGGCAAUUUCUGAAAGGACAAGAAGUUAAAGGUCAAAUUCGCUGUCAUAUAAUGUCCUGGCAAAAACUUUUCUUGCCGGAAGAGAAGAUUCAGGGCAUAUCUCAGAUUUGGCCCGAGGCUGAAGUGUUGACGCAGUCUUUGUUUUUUGUCUUGAAAGUGAACAGAUCAUAUGUGAGGCCAGGUUAGAGAUGCUGAGACACCUCAAAUCUAGAAUUGGUUGCUUCUGUAGAAACACCCAUGUUUGGACUGUUGUCUGCUAACAUUGUGUACUAUGACAGAAAAAAAUGUAAGUCAUGUAAACACAUUAAACGAGAACCAGAUCCAAAUUAUGGGAGAAAAAAAAACAAUGAAAAGCGACAGCGGAGACUGUAUUUCCUAUCCUGAUCAAUAAUAAGAUUUAAUCGUGGAAAAAAAUGGUACAGAUGCUUUGUAAACAAGUCUAAAGACAGGAUGCAGUCAGACAAACACAACCUCAGGCUUGUCCAAACUGACCAGAGCCACUAAACAUUCACUUAAUGACAGAGGCCUGGAAAGAGACAGACAAGACAGUUUUACGAGGGCAAGGGUAAAAAGAAAAAACACAACUGAAAAGAGAGUGAGAGACACUGGUUUCUCUAGAGGGAGAAAAACCAGAGCCGAACAUCUGUGAUGAGUCAAUAACAGCCAAAGAAGAGAAUAAUGGCAGAUUGCCAGGCUCGGUAACAGCACAAAGGAGAAAGAAAGAGAGGCAUGCAGAUGACUUGAACUCGGCUGAUUGUGUAGGCAUACAUCCGCUAGGUUGAAAGAGGUUUCGGUAUAACAUGACCGUUGAAAGAAGCCACAGUCAUUUACAGAACUGCUCACUUAGUCGCACUGAAUAGCUGUUCUCUGUGUCUGGUUCUGCUUGAGCUUUCUACCUAUUUAUGAAUGUUUUAUCCUUGACACUCAUCAGAUGUUGUCAAGUGCUUUUUUUUUUAUUUUUUAAGAAAUGCUUUCUGACUUUAACACUUUUGUAAAGAGAGGAUAGGACAGAGGAUAGUGGAGGAAAGCAGGCGUGGGAGUCUGGAGGGACAUGCAGGAAAGGGGCCACAGCUUGGAAUCAAACUGACUGAGAGCUACAGCCUCAUCUCAUGUGACAUGUGACUUCACCACUGGGUCAAACCAGCGUCCCUGCUACGGGCAGCUGUGUAUUUAUCCGUUGGUAGAGAAUGGAUUGUCCUAUAUAUCGCACACCACUAAUCUGUGCUGCCUUUGUUUCCAGAACUGGAACUGCCACACUGUUUCAGCCCUCUACCAGCUCCAGAGCAGGAUCCAGUCAUCCUUCAUCCCUGUGAAUCUCCCCACGUUUCACCACAACCACACCUUCUGUGCCCACCUGGGCCAGAAACCCUCCCCUGAAGAUGAACUGGAAGAACGCUACCUGUUGGACUCGAUCACCUGGCCUGGGCCCCCGCCCCGCUCCACACCGCCCUCUCUGCGGCAGACAAGCGACCCCGUGCACAGCCUGUUUGCCAUCCUUCCAUCCAAGGAGGGACGAGAGUGGCAUGUGGGCGACCAGCUGGAGGUCCUUGUCCAAAUGUACGACUUCCAGGGUCGACCCAAGCACUACGGUGGGGAUUUCCUUUUGGCCAGACUGCACACUCCAGAGCUCGGAGCGGGUGUAGCAGGUCAGGUGUUGGACCACCGGAAUGGAUUUUACUCUGCUCUGUUCCCAUUACUUUGGAUAGGGUCUGCCCAAGUGGAGAUAACCCUGGUGCAUUCUAGCGAGGCUGUGGCUGUGCUGCGACGGUUAAGAGAAGAAAGGCCUGAUCGAGUUUUUUUCAAGAGCCUGUUCCGUCUGGGCUUUCUGUCUGAAACUACUUUGUGCAACAUGUGUCUUCCCCCGGACCAGCAGCCUCUGUGCAACUACACAGACCUUUACACUGGGGAGCCGUGGUACUGCUACAAGCCUAAGAUGCUCAGCUGUGACACCAGAAUCAACCACGCCAAAGGAGGCUAUCUGAAACAUCUCAUCACCAACAGAGAGGCACUGCUCUUUCAGAGGUUUGUGCUGUGCUGGGAUGGGGGAAUAUGUCUUAAUAUGACGUGCCAUUGAAGGGAAUAUCCUUAGCUUAGUUACAAUUAAGAUUUUGACUGAGUUUUCCUCUGCACUUUGUCAAACAGAAUUAAAAUAUCACCAGAUUUAGUUCAAGUUUGAGCAGUCGCUUAUGACCACAUCUCAAUAACUUACUGAGCACUGUAUUAGAGUGAAUGAAGGGCCUCCUCAGACCUCUGGAUAAAGCACCAAACAACUGUCUCCUACCUCCAAGUUGUGGCUUCAGACAGUACUGGUGCAAUAUUCAUUUAAAUGAUCAAUCUUAAAGUCAAGAUCAUUAAGUACAUUUCUCUGCUGUCAUCUGAUUGCAAAUCAAGACACUGGUACAAAUUGCUUUACAGUGUAAAUAUGAGCUUUAAAAACAGUAUUAUGCUGCUAAUCGUUGACUUAUCAUCUUUGAUUAUGAUUUGACAAAAAAUUUAUUCUGUUUCAAAAUGACUUAUUUAAAAAACCCAAAUCUUUAGAAAUGUAAUUUUUCUGUAAUGUGAUCAUAGACUGUAUAAACUAUGGACAACUUGGUUCUGCCUUCCGCCAGUAUAUGGAUUUGAAGCCAAAAAGCUCUCAGUAUUUCUGCGCUUUCUCUCCGUUUCCUGAAACCAACAUUGCGCAGCAGCGUUGUACGCAUUCAGCGGGAGAGUGGCUGUGAUGACGCUCGGCUCAUAAAGUGUAUCUCCUGGGUGAGCUACGCAAUCUUCGUACACCCAUAGGCUGUAUCAGGUGUCAAUCAUAGAAAACCUAAACCCCCUAAUAACUUUUAAAAACGGAGCUGCACAGAAAAAAGAGGACUUGAGCACAAACCAGUCUUACAAUAACUACAUGUCAACAUCGCAAACGGGGGGGAGAAAAAUUUAUGUUCUGUGUAAUAAAUUUCUAAAGUUUGUCCACAGCCCCACAAACUUUGCUGGCGGAGGCGGGAUUUAUGACUUAUACUGCAGCCUGUCACCAGAGGGUGCUGUUCACGGAGUGGCUUCACCCAGCGAGGAGGCAGACACUGUCCAUUCUAUAUACAGUCUAUGAAUCUGACUUAAAUCCUAUGUUGUACUUUAGGGGACUUAUAAACAGUGACAGAAAUAUUGGACAUACUGUAACCCAAAUAAUAUUGUGUUUAUUCCAGUGGUGUAAACAUCAAAGUUCACAUACACGCUUCAGGAGUUGACAGAAUCAACGUGCUGCCUCCUGGAGACGGUACAGUACACCCGCUGUUACCCUGACAAGUUGUGCAUUGUGUAAAAGAACAAAUAUGUUUUGAUUAGUUCGCUUCAGGACUUUAAUUUCAUUUAAAACAUUGUUUCUUUUUAUCAGACAAAGUCAAUGAGGAGAGCAGCAGUGCAAAGCCAGACCCCUUCAAGCUCGCGGCAUCAGGAUAUUACUACGAGGACACAUGGCGGCCAUUAGGAGGGGUAUCAAUGCGCCAGUUCAAUGACUCCUCUGCCAUAACUCAGUGUUUGAGGAACAAAAUAAUCAACAUGUAUGGAGACUCUACAGUGAGGCAGUGGUUUGAGUACCUCAUCACUUUAGUGCCAGGUUAGUCUUUGCUUUGAGUUUCACUCUGCAGUUUGUCUGUGUAACUUCACCGCCCUAAAGUCUGUUUAUUCUUUCCUACCUAGAAUUAAGAGAAUUCAACCUGCACAGUCCUAAAAAUGUGGGGCCUUUCAUGGCGGUGGACAGCACCCAUAACAUACUCUUGAAGUACCGCUGUCACGGCCCACCCAUUCGCUUCUCUACUGUCAUUGCCAGUGAGCUGCGAUACGUCUCAAACGAGCUGGAUGGCCUCGCUGGAGGUCCUGACACUGUCGUGGUCCUCAGCAUUUGGGCCCAUUUCAGCACCUUUCCUGUUGAGGUUUACAUACGACGGCUCCGUCACAUUAGACGAGCAGUAUUGAGACUUCUGGAUAGAGCACCUGGCACAAUGGUUGUGAUCAGAUCUGCGAACCUCCAGGCUCUGGAUCAGGAGGUGAGCCUGUACAACAGUGACUGGUUCUCCCUGCAGCUAGACGACGUGCUCAGAGCCAUGUUCAAGGGACUGAAUGUGCUCCUGAUAGAUGCUUGGCAAAUGAGUGCAGCACACCACCUCCCUCAUGCCCUCCACCCCCCUCCAGUUAUUGUUAAGAACAUGAUAGAUAUGCUUUUGUCUCACAUUUGCCCUGAGAAGAAAAAAAGCCAAAAGACAUAGAAGGAGAGUUAUUAGAGUGAACUGUUUUAGUUUUAGAAGACUGAGAAAUGUCCUGACUGAUCCAACCAACCAGCUCCUCUUUUUUCACUGCUAGUAGGGGAAGGCUGUGCUAAAAAUGGAAAGCAUUCUCCAAAGCGGCAAACCCUUUAAACACCAUCUGUAACAUUAGCUGUGCCAGACUUGUGGGACUUUUCUUUUAAAUUUAAAUUUUUGUUUUUCUUCAUUUUAAUCCAAAAAAAUUUUCAUUUUGAAAUUGCCAAAGAGUUUGGCAGACUGUUACUGCCCAUCUGUGUUUGUUACCAAAGUAUUAUUUGUGUGUGUGGAUGUGAAUGCAGUAUUUUUGCUUUAAUCCUCCAUGUUUGCAGUCGGGUUUCUGUCGGGGUUGAGGUUUGAUUUUUUAUUUUGUCCAAAGCCGAGCACUCAGUAAGUCCUUAUUUCUCAGGCUGGUUCAUGUUUAAAAUAUUUCCUCAUGAUUGAUUCAUUUAUCAUCAUUUUGACUCUUAAUUUCCUCAUCAGGUUCUUUAACAUGUCAAAUGAAAUGUAGCUCUCUUUGGAUUUGAUGUACACUGUUGCUAAAUGACAUCCAUAGUGGAACAUUUUCUGCAUUUUGACCCUUAAUCAUCACUUCAAGUAUCAGGCUUUAACUGUUUUACCCUCUCAGUCCCUCUAAAUUGUUCCAUCUUUCUUGAACCCGUUGAUUCCUCUAACUGAUCAGACCUUUUCUGCCUUUCAGCUCUGCUUAACACCCACUAAUGCCAUUAAAAUGUGAGCAGCUGUGUGUUCUGCAUGGACAUUGCCAUUUUUGGUAUCUGUCAUUGUUACAUUUAAAUUCCAGAUGCUUUUCAUAGGUACAGUAUAUAUUUUAUCAUGAGCACCAAGAGUUUUUUAUCCAAUUUUCAAGAAGAAGAGGAGGAGGUCAGGAGAAGAGAGAGGCUCGAAGCAGAGAACAUGUGCCUAUUCCUGUGUUAAUCUCUGAGUGAUCGGAGGCUGGCUACAGCGAGACUUAACCGUGACAGAAAAAGAGCGGAGGUGCUGUAAUACUUGAUGAUAUCUGCUGUUCUCAGUUGUUCUUUUUUAAAUGUGGAAAUGCUCAGCCUCCUGCUGCUUUGGAAAGCUUUGUCAUUUCUUCAGGUGAAUCAGUCGGAUCCAGUCCAGAUCAUUUUGAUCAUGCCUCAUGGUCUUUUAAUGUUCAAUGCAGUUCAAUAAACUGUAAAGAUGGCAGCACAAGGAUUGUCUCUCAGUGAAUGUGG